CUUGGCCUCGCUGGCCGACUGCGCCCUUUCCUCGUUACUGCGCAGCCAGCCAGUUCUUUUCUCCCCCGCACCUCAUUAGUCCUCGCCGCCGACCCAGCGCCACCGCCCCCGAUUUAGGCGAGUUCGCUGAAGGUCGCAGCGAAGAAAAACGGUGGCUGCCAUGGACGGGGGUGGUGAACUGGGGAUCACCAAGAAAGAGGCGGAGGCCGAGUACCAUUGCCACGACUUCGAGUGGGAGGACCUCCGGGCGGAUGUGGAAGCCAACCCUUCCUUCUCCUACCACCUUUCCCCUUUCCCCACGAUCACCGCCUCGCCGCAGCCACCGUCAUCGGAGGCCUGGAGAAGCUUCCACCGCUGCCACGCCUCCGGCAAAUUCUUCAAGGAAAGAAGGUAUUUGCUGAAGGAAUUUCCUGAACUGCUUAACAGCAAAGGAUGUGCAAAGGUUUUAGAGGUGGGGUGUGGGAAUGGAAGCACUGUUGUCCCCAUUCUACGAUGUAGUCCAAGCAUCAGUGUCUAUGCUUGUGAUUGUAGUGAAGACACUCUAGAGAAAGCAAAUGAGAUUGUGUGUAAUACACAGGGGGUUGAUGCCAAGGAUAGGUUCCACCCUUUUUUGCUGGAUGUUUCUAAAGAAAAUUUUCCAGGUUGGUUGUUCUGCAAAUGCUGUCAAAGUUCAGAUGGAAAAGUUGUUGAUCUCUCACCAGAUUCAAGUCAUCUUUAUGUAAGGGGAAAAAACUCAAUCUCGCUGAAAGAAGAUCAGUGUUGUGUUGGCGGCAUAGAUUUUAUUACCAUGAUAUUUAUGUUGUCAGCCAUACCCUUCAACACAAUUUCAGCUACUCUAGAGCGUUGUAUGUCUGUUCUAAAACCAGGCGGCCUUGUUUUGUUCAGGGAUUAUGGCGUUUAUGACAUGACAAUGCUUCGAUUCUUGCCUCACCAAAGAGUGGGAUUUCGGGAAUAUAUGCGUGCUGAUGGCACCUAUUCUUAUUUCUUCUCGUUGGACACUGUAAGAGAACUCUUUCAUGCUGCUGGACUACUAGAGUUGGAGCUGGAAUACUGCUGUGUCAGAUCAGUGAAUCGAAAGAAUGGCAAGAACAUGCAAAGGGUAUGGGUGCAUGGAAAAUUUAAAAAACCCACAAGUCAAUGACUUUGUGGUUCCUCGGAUGUGCUUCUAAUUUCUAUUAGAAAGACAUUAUUUUGUUGCACCAGAUUACAGUCGUGUUGCCAAGGAUGCUACAAUGCUGCAGAGUGUGUUGUGGCCGGGAGCUUGCAGAGUCGUGUUGCCAAGGAUGCUACAAUGUUGUUGCAAUUAUGUUCAAUGUAUUUACUAGUGGAUGGAAGCAAGUUUGCAGCAUGCAUAUAUCAAGCAUUGUAAUGUUGGUGAUUUGAAAGAAGCAAAUAUGUUGAUUGUCGGAAACAUUUUGUAUGAACAGACAAGCACGGUAAUGUUGGCAAGUAGUAGUGGCAUUGGGAAA